UGAUGACCACGGCACUGACGACGACGACGAGAACAUGCCUAGGAGAGUGGCUCACGUCGACUUGCCCGAGCCGCCAGAGCUGGGCCCGCUGACGGAGCAGUCGCUGCAGGCGCUGCGCAGCCUGGCCGCAUACCGACCAGCGCCUGGCUCUGAGCCAUGUCCAGACCAGGUCCCGGCUUACCGGAGAGCCGCCGUGCUGCUCUCCAUCUUUCCCGGUCGGAGUGGGGACCUGUAUGUCAUCCUGUCACAGCGAGCCACGGCGCUGCGGAGCCAUGGUGGAGACACGGCUAUUCCUGGCGGGAGAUUCGAGGCCGAUGACCAGGACUUGGAGGCAACUGCAAGACGAGAGGCGUGGGAAGAGACGGGACUGCCAAUCGAUCCAAAGAGGGCGCCGAAGCUGUGCGAGCUGGAGCCAUUCCUGAGCGCAAACGAGCUCCUCGUCACGCCCAUCGUCGUCUUGAUCAUUGACCCCUUGAUCAAGCCGAAGUUGAAUCCACUCGAGGUCUCGCUCCUCUUCUCCCUUCCCCUCGCCUCCUUCCUCUACCACCAGCCUCCAAAUGCGUUGCGCCAAUCGCUCAGGCUGGGCAAGCAGCCGACCAUGGAGGAGCUGCAGAGGCAGCAGCCCAAGUCAGAGUUUCGCGAGCCAAGCGACUGGCACACCUGCCGCGACAUUCGAUGGCUCGGCCACCGCGUCCGCAGGCACACGUUCUGGGACACGCGCAACCCCAUCCGGGGCCUCACCAGCGACAUUCUCAUCCACGCCGCCGCCAUUGCCUAUGCGCGGCAGCCCGACUUUUCCACAGUGGCCCCGACCCAGCCCUCGCAGGCCGAGCUGAUCCGCACGGCCUUUACGGGGCCCAUGGCCAUCAAGAAGCGGCGCGUGAGACCGCGCAUGGCUGGUCUCCAGCAGCCCGUCGACGACGACGGCAAGCGGCCCGAGGACAAGGCAAAGCUGAGCCGGGAGCGGACGCUGGACAUGAACAGGUGGAUGACAAGGAACAAGGCAACAACAACGACACGGCCAUCGAGAUUAUAGCAGUGUAAUAAUCCUGUCGAAUGAUUUACAAUUUUGCAAACUUGGG